CAUGUCCAACCUAAAAUCUCCCAAGAUGGCUGCUUUCGUCUGACGUUUCUUAACUUUCUUGCAAAGUUUUUAAAUUUGCAAGAUUCCAUCAAAGAACAUAGGAAGCUACUUCUGAGUUCAGUUUCGUUUCUUUUUCGAAUCUAAGAGAUUGAUCAACACCAAGUUAAUUGUCAAAACAUAAUUUGAAUAACAAAUUCAACCAAUCAUCCAAGAUGGCUGACGAUCCCGGCCACAAAGCUAUGUUGUAUUUCCUGGAGAUCCUGAUGCAUAGCAACGCUCCAUUGACCAUCAGUCAGCUGGCUGGCCGCUUUGGAAGUCGCAACUUUACAGCCGAGAUGAGACAAUCAGCUGGGGGCAAUGAAACUGGACUGAAGAAGUUCCUUCAAAAAUAUCCGUCCCUGUUUAGUGUUAACGGAAAUUUGAUAAGUCUAAAUGACGGAACUGCCAACCUUGGGAGAAAUUUUCGAGAAAGCAGCCCUGCAUCAACAUCGUCAGGUCCGAGUGCACCGGAGGUUUCUACGGAGACUGAAGCCGUGCAAUUUUUUCGAGCGAAACUGCUGAAGAGGGGUGAGAAAUGGAUGCCGAUCAAAAGCCUGGCAGGACAUCUUUCUCAGGCACCUUUGGAAAUCAGGGAGUGUGUAGGACCCCAGAAUGAAUUUCGAGAAUGGCUUUUGCGGCAUCCAUUGAUAUAUGAGUUGAAAGGCGAUAAUGCCUGUUUAAAAGACAACAUCACCUACAGUGCUGUGAAUCCUAACUCAGAGCCGUUAGAGGAUAUGAACUUUAACAACAGGUACAGUGCAAACUUGUCAUAUUUGGAAAAAGACAUGUUUCCUUCACAGCUCACACCAAAACUGAAACGGAGGCCCAGGUCUCUUGAAAUGUUUGAGCCCAAUUCUCCACUCAUGUCACCACGUUCUCCUAUGAAGCAGUUGCCAACACCAAGUCCUCGAUCAGGACCUACUACCAUGACUGCCAAUGAGUACAAGGCUGUCAUGUUCAUCAAGGGCAUCAUAGAGAAGAAAGGUGACAUGAAACUGGGAAGUUUGGUCAACCACUUCGGCCAGGCACCUGAGAGUCUACGCAACACUGUGGGGUGGAGUAAACAAGAACUUGACCACUUUCUUGUUGACCACUCCAACAUUUUCAUUAUUGGUGAGAACGAGAUGGUGUCUGUGAUAAAGAGUGCUCGUCUCAAUGUCAUCAUCACUGGAAGUCGGCCUCCUGCUAGUCCAAAGCCUACUGUCACAAAUCGUAAAGGACGUAUAUAUCAUGUAGCGAAGUUGUGGGGCAUCAUCGACUUAGGGAAGCACGAGCACGUCUUUAUCGACAGAUCAAUAUUUGGGAAACAUGUUGACGAUCUCCACAAGAUACUUUGCGUGGGGGAGAUGGCAUGUUUCGAUGCCAUCCCUGCAGCCAAGGGAAGCAGGGCUAGGUGGAGAGCCACUAAAAUCUGGAAGGAGCAUGAGUCAAUAGAAGAACUGAUUGAACGUGUGGCGACCCGUCUACAGUUACCCAUAGACGGGAUCCCUUACAAGGAGCCGCCUAGUCCUAUAGCUAACAUUGAUGAGGAGAUGCGAGGAAUUAUUCCAGAGCUGAAUGAUGCCAACAUAAACAUCCCUGUGACUCCGGUCAGUGUUGGCGGUAUUAAGUACGCCUUCACUGACGCAGCUCCAAGUGGAACAGGUGUGGUUCCUGUCUGGAAUUUCAAACACACAGAGCUGGACAGCAUGAAGGAUGUAGACGACCUUGACCUCAGUGACGACUCUGACAACCAGACACUGUCCAUGGUCGCAGAGAGAUAUUACAUGAACAGGUCCGUCCUCGGCGAUAGUCCUCGAGAUGAUAAAACUUCCAAGGAAGAAAAGAAGGCAAAAGUCACUAACGGAAUAUCUGAGGACAUAUCGUCGGCUAAGAAAGGAAUGGUUGAUGCUGGUUGCCAGACAAUCGUAACGGGAGAAGUUCUGGCAACACAGCUCUUCCAUGAAGAAAUGUAAAAUUUAUCAUUUUGUGGCAUUCAAAUUCAGACUUUUGGAAAUUUGUUAUUGUUGUAUAAACUUUUAGAAGAUGUACACACUAAAAUUACCGAUCGAACAUGGUUCCCAUUUAUGCAUAUAACCGGUUUGUCCAAGUUUGCAUUUAUAAAAGACAUUCAUAUACUGUGCAUCAAAAUCGUUGAUAGAACAUUUAUUACACUCACGACACAGUUUCUCAAAAAAAAAGUAUUUUUUUUAACGCAAUCAUUCAUAUUUGGCUCAUAUUUUGAUGAUGAAGUACUGCUUCAUAUACCAUUGAGAUUAUUCAUAAAAGACUUCAUUCGGAUAGCAUUACAAUAUUAGAUAUAUAUGGAUUGAAGUGAUAAGUUCAUUUAAUUCUUCAUGGUAAAUUAAUUUACUAACAAAAAAUAUAGGUUUGCAUAACUUUCAGAGGUUAAAAUAGGGAAGGGGUAACUAGCUCUCCAAACAGGCCACUUGAUUUUUCUUCACAUUUGAGCCACUUCCAUUUUACAAGAAACAAGAUUAUCUGGGCCAGUGAUUUUUCUUCAGGUAUGCAAGUGCAGGAAAUUAUUAAUGUAAUAUGUGUACUUGAAAACCAAAGCAGCCAUGUUAAAGAAAACAGAUUUUUUUCUGGAAAUUUUUAUAAUUGUAUUACGCCUAAAUAGGCUCAUUAAAAGUAUUAUUUCAGUAUUUUGUCAAAAAACAUAGGAAGGAUAAGGUAUUCCGUCUUUGCGUAUUGCAGACUCAUCUUCUCUUGUGAGCAGGUUUUGAUUGUUACGUCAUUGGUUUGU